CUGCGAGUGCAACAGCAUGAGGUGUACGGCGGCGCUGGCGGCGCUGGCAGUGUUAGCGGCGGCUCCGGGCGCCCUGGCCACCUCAGAUAUCAUGAAGGACGUAACUCUCGGCUUUGGCGAGGCGCUGCAGCACUGCAGGGAAGAGAGCCAGCUGACGGAGGACAAGAUGGAGGAGUUUUUCCACUUCUGGCGCGAGGACUUCAAGUUCGAGGAGCGCGCGCUGGGCUGCGCCAUCCAGUGCAUGAGCCGACACUUCGACCUGCUCACUGACACGCACCGCAUGCAUCGCGAAAACACUGACCGCUUCAUUAAGUCCUUUCCCAACGGCGAGGUGCUGUCGCAGCAAAUGGUGGACAUGAUCCACGCUUGUGAGGCGCAAUACGACACCGAGCCGGACCAUUGUUGGCGCAUCCUGCGCGUCGCCGAGUGCUUCAAGGCAAGCUGCCAGCAGCGCGGCAUUGCGCCCACCAUGGAACAGCUAAUGGCCGAGCUCAUCAUGGAAGCCGCAGAACGAUAGCGCUUACCACCGACCAGCCAAUGGACCGCUAUAUAUAAUGCUAAGCGAUCAUAUAUAAUAGCUGUUAAAACCACUUUUUCACUAGUGCGACUAUUACCGCGCUAUGGAUCUAUUGUAAAUCUACGUGUAAUUUAGUUUUGUUUUCGGUAUUGGUGUUACGGUCUUAUAAGAGAGGGUAAAGAAGCCUUCCCCCACCCCCGGGACCGCGGGCUCUGCCACUCCCCGUUGACGACCUACGGCUUUGUGAUAUUGUUCCUCAAUA